UCUAGAGCACUCCCUUAUCACCGCCUCACCAACGUUUCUCUUUUUGUAUCUUCCCUUCUCUCUAAAAAAGAACUAUAAAAUCCCUAAACUCACUACCCCUCAAUUUGUUCCUUUCGAUUUUGUAGUCGGCGACGAAGAUCACGUUUCGCUGAUCGGAACCCGUCACUAAUUUGAUCCGAUCUGAGUGUUGCAGAUUUUUUUAAUCAAAAAGGCAAGGAUGCAGAGGGGUAGAGGUGGCAGGGAUGAUUUCUUUGGAUUUGGAGAUCCAUUUGCUGGUUUUGGUGGCUUUGGCAGGCCUGGGAGUCUGAUGCCCAGCUUCUUUGGAGGAAGAGAUCCGUUUGAUGACCCUUUCUUCACUCAUCCAUUUGGGAGUAUGAUGCGUCCAAGCAUGUUUGGGCCCAGCUUGUUUGGGGAGAGAGCCUUCUUAGAUAUGAAUCAUGGUGGCUUUAUAGAACAGCAAGCUCCACAGUCCAGCAAAUCUAAGGGCCCGAUAAUUAGGGAGCUUUCUGAUGAUGAGAAUAAUGUUGAAGAAGAGAGCCCUGAGGUUGAUAAGGACAAGAAAAAUCCUCGAAAACACUCUAGGUUGAGCAAAGAGCCUUUUGUUCAAGAUCCUGAUGAUGGAGAAGCUGAAGAGAAAAAGAUGAAGCACACAGAUUAUAGGAUUGGUGCAAGUAGAAUGCAGCCACAGGCCCACACAUAUAGUUUUUCAAGUUCUUCUGUGACUUAUGGUGGCCCCAAUGGAGCAUACUAUACUGCAUCUACAACCAGGAGGACUGGUGCUGACGGAGUAACUGUUGAAGAGAGUAAAGAAGCUGAUGCUACCACAGGCAAGGCUAGGCACAGGCUCGCUAGAGGACUUCAUGAUAAGGGUCACGCUGUUACAAGGAAACUUAGUUCUGAUGGGAGGGUGGAGACAGUGCAAAUGUUGCAUAACUUGAAUCAAGACGAACUGCCUGGUUUUAAUGAAGCAUGGAAGGGGAGUGCUAGAGAGCAUCUGCCUGGUUGGAACCAGGGUUUUGAUAUGAUUCACAAUGGUGAUAUUGGUGGCGGCAGCAGACGGAAUGAACAUGCAGCGGGGGGUUGGGCGCUCCCGGGGACAGAACAACCAUCAACUAACUCCGUCAGGGCCAGGCCAAAGUUCCGUCCAAGUGACACAGCUUGAUGCUGUAUAAUCCCCCUAGGUUUCUUUGUCAUUUUGCUGUCACAAAAGUCUUAGUGAGAGUUUAAGAGUGUGCUCUUGAUCUAUAUAUCUGUUUGUUGAUCAAAUAUUAUAGGUUCCUGGGGUAGAUAUAUUUCAAAAACCCUAUAUUUUUUCUUGUUUGUUAUCUACGAUCAUUCCAUCCAAAUGAUAUUAUUAUGGACAUGUAAAUGAUCUGUUUCACUUUUUAAUAGUAUGUAUUUGGGAGUUUAUUAUAAUUACUAUUAGUAUUAUGUACA